ACUGCACAGAAGGGCUUGUGGUGCAAAUGAGUGUGCCAGUUCAAAUUUCGAGUGACUUCCCUGCAUUUUGUUGUUGUUUUCCGCAUUUAAGACUACUUUGUAGCUAAGCACUCGGUUGGUUAUCCUCGCCGUUUGUACGCGCCUGUGGAGCCGCAACAGAAUUCACCUCUGAGGGCCGGAGAACACUCUUGUCGUUUGACAGACUCUGGAUUAGACGAAUUCAUUUCGUGACGAUGUCGCAGCCAAACCUCCAGUAUGCCCACACGGGCGCAAUUGAAGACUACUACCGCCUGCACGAGAAUUCGGCAUCAGAUCGCCAUCCCCUUGCGCAGGAAUAUUUUUCUGAGCGUAUCCAGAGAGAACUGAAUGCUCCAGUCAUCGUCCACGAUCGUGAACGUCCCCAACAGCCACCACAUACCUACAUUGCGGGCACGCCAGGACCGCUGCAUUACGGAGUUCCAUUGUCAGAUGGGUGCGACCCUGGGGUAUACGCAGUGUCGAACGCUCUGUUCGACGCAAGUGGAGCGUUUCGAUCAAUCCCUCUCAAACAGGGACCAGUCUUCCGUCGUCGACAACGCGGAGAUUGCCAAUCCGAAUGGAGCAAUGCUUUUGUCAGUAGGGUAGACCCGUGUGAAUGCGGCUACCCCGAGGAAACAUAUACUCCUUAUGAAGUGGCACGUUACCGUGAUCAAUACGGGCAUCCCCACACCACACUCGACUUCUCUCGGUGAUCGUAUUCCAGGAGUGUUCAUGUUGUUUGCUGCUCGUACAGCUGUCGACUCGGAAUCUGAUGCACUGUUUCAGUGGUUUGCCGGGGUUUGUUAGAUGUGCUUGAGAGUUAGGUACCUCGGGAAUGGGUGGCUGAAUAAAGGGGGGGAGCGAUUUCAAGUGGUUGGUCUAGCGCAUUCGACAGGGCAAUUUUGUGGUGCUGACGAUGGAAAUGGGCGUGUCGCCUGUUUCCGUAAAAGGUCAGAUGCUAACGCUUGUCGCGACCUUGCUCCAGGCCGUUCCCAGUAAAAACGCGUGAAGACAACGUUUUUUCAGUUAUUGGUAUUGCAUUUAUGUUCGUCAUAGUCAAGAUGUUUUGGGUCAAGGGAGUUACCGUUGCCCUCAACGUUGUCCUACGAUGUGGCACCACAUUCGUUGGCGUGUGAGGCUCUGCCGGACCGUGCAUAUCAUUGCCAUUAGAACUUAUGCGCAUGGUCACGUAAGUUUGUGGCGAAGA